UCCAAACCAGCCCUCACAGCGAGCCUAGCAUAGAAGUCCACUCAUCUGCUAGACUGAGCAGUGCUGCACCCACAUCCACUCGUUUGGCUGAGCUUCAAUCAAUCUGGUGAUUUCAUCACGACAGCUUCACUUCUGAGAAACCCAACGACUCACCUGCGCACGUCCUUUCGGAGUGCUCAAAAUGAAUCUUGAGCCACCCAAAGCUGAAAUCAAAUCAGCCACCCGUGUAACCGGAGGCCCCGCCACUCCUCGCAAGGGCCCGCCCAAGUUCAAGCAGCGGCAGACCAGACAGUUCAAGAGUAAGCCUCCAAAGAAAGGAGUUCAAGGCUUUGGAGAUGACAUUCCUGGCAUGGAGGGCUUGGGCACAGAUAUCACCGUCAUCUGCCCCUGGGAGGCCUUCAACCACCUGGAGCUGCACGAGCUGGCCCAGUACGGCAUCAUCUGAGCCUUCCCGCUACGGGCCGAGUGUUUCCGACCACCUGCCUCAGGCCCCAUCCGAAACCUCUAAACGGAACUGUUCUAAACAAAAAACCAAAAUAACGAACUGUAACAAACAUAAAAAUCGGAAAAAGAGAAAAAAGUGACCAAAAAAAAAAAGAAGUAUAUUCUCUGACCCUGGACUCUCCGACUCUUACACAACCUCUGCUUGUUUAGGAUCUGUUUGUUUUUGUUUUUUUUACAUCUUCACUCAGUAGCUCUGCUCCGUCAUUCCCCCACCAACAACAACAACAACAAAGGAACAUCUACGCCUGCUCUCUGCUCUUUUGCUUUCUCUUCUCUCUCUCUUCUCGUCUGUCCUGUACACGGAUAAAAACAAGAAACCUACGCAAGCAAGGCAGCCUCACAGUGAGUUUAAGUGACAGACCCGUGAAACAGGUGGGCUCCCGUUUCACGUGCCUCGUUCUCCAUAUUAAGAGGGUUCUUCCAUCGAUGCCGAACACAUUAAAAUCCUGAACCUGAAUUCUGUAGAGAGCAGACACCGGCUCGACAUUGCUAAGCGUAAAAACAAUAAUCAGAGCGCCACGAUGCAAAAUAAAACCGCCCCCUUUUACUGCACAAAUCAAGACUUUAAAAUCAGCUCAAAAACUGGCGUGUUAUUGCAA